AUGGCACCAUUGACCUUUAAUAGUACUUUUGCGGACAAUCAAAUUGUUGAACUUCCAACUUUGCUUAUCUUGGAAUUAUGGAAAAAAUCUAACACAGGGGAACAGAAACCCCAUAAUCAACCAUGGGGCAAGGGACAAAUUACUACGGUGGUUGUUCUUUGCAUAGUUGGAGUUUGCGUAUUGGCUUGGGUUGGAAUAACUAUUUAUUUGGAUUCUACACUACAUAGAGCAAGUUGGUUCGGCACUACAUCAAGUGAAGAAAUGACUAGUGACCUUUAUGGACUUCAAAGUCAAGUAACAUUGGUUACCAAACAUGAAGAGAAUGAGAUUCCAAUGUACCAGAUUACAGAAGAUGAAAGUUCAGAAUCAAAUAUUUCAGGAUUUUAUGAUGAAAGAGGUCAAUUUUAUACAACAGAUGAAACUACAAGGAUUAUAACCACAGAAAAUGAAUUUUUACCAGAAGAAUCGAUGGAAUCCUUUGUAACUUGUUCCAGUUCUGUUAGUUCAGAGGUGUUACAGGUUCCAGAUAGAGCAUUUUUGGUCAAUAAUGUGAGACGAUUGACCCUUGAUCAGCUUCAUACCCCUGUUUCCUCUUGUCAGACAUUACACGACCCAUCGUUUUUUUAA